AGAUUUCCAAUGGACGACCAUUCGACUUCGCAUCAUAAACCUUUCGAUCAAAGGUGAUCAGCGAAUCGAAAAAGUCGAGUCUAAAAAUAAGGGAUGGCAGGGUGGUGGGUCGCAAACGCCAAAACCCAAAUCCUUUCUGUUAAUGGACAGACUGUCCGCAAACGGGUCUUAAUCCACUUAAGGGACAUCGAGGAGCAAAGCAGCACGAGCUGCGAGCAAACGUCAUAAAAACCCGUAACCACCCUAACCUAGCAGAAGAAUCAGUGGGCGCCGGGGUGGUCCCGGCAUGUUGCGUACCAGGGACACGUCUACUAUGAUCAUAUUCAGCGCCUCGAAAGAUGACACGGAUCUCGUGUUCACGCUCGAGUCGCUCACGCAGGCCAGCCUCAUCUUCAUCAUGGCACUGGCGAUCGUUAUCACGAACGUGCUCAUCAUCGCCACCUUCCUCAACUUUAGGGUAGAGGAUAAUAAUGAUAAUGAAGGCCCUUCCGAGGUGAUAAAUUGUUACCUGCUCUCGUUGGCAGUGGCGGACUUGUUGUGCGGACUUUUGGUGGUACCUCUAUCGAUAUAUCCCGCUGUGGUUCACGAAUGGGUCUACGGGGACAUUUUGUGUCGACUUGUGGGAUACCUUGAAGUUACCUUGUGGGCUGUUACAGUGUACACGUUUAUGUGGAUAAGUGUAGAUCGAUAUCUGGCUGUGAGGAAACCGCUCAGAUACGAGACGUUGCAAACUAAGACAAGAUGUCAAUGUUGGAUGGCGUUUACUUGGAUCUCAGCAGCGAUGCUCUGCUGUCCACCGCUGCUGGGAUUCAACAAGCCGCUGUUCGACAAGGAGGCCUUCAUCUGCAUGCUGGACUGGGGCAGCAUGGCGGCUUACUCCGUCACGCUCUCCAUCCUCGUGCUAGGCCCCAGCCUCAUAACCAUCGUCUACACUUACACCUACAUCUUCAACAUGCUCAGAAAGCUGAGGAGCGGAUAUCCCUUCCACGAUAAGGAGUACGCCACCGCGCUGUCGGAGAAUUUGAGCAACCCCAGUCAUGUUAUGAGUUUUGCAUUGGUCCUUGCAUUUUGGUUCUCCUGGACCCCGUACAUCAGCGUUAAACUCUACGAAUACUUUACGGGCACUAGGCUGCAAAUGCAGUUCCUGCACUUCGGCAUCGUGUGGCUGGGCUUCCUCAACUCAUUCUGGAAGAGUCUCAUCCUGAUCACGCUCAGUCCGCAGUUUCGAUUGGCGCUGAGGAUUUUCUGCAUGACCAUCUGCUGCCGAUACAAGGGACGCAUGCGGGCCGAACUUAUAGGUAAAACAUUUUUCCUUUGGGGUUUUUGCUUUUUAGGAAAGAAGAUCUGAAUCAUGAUUUUUUCAGCACAAGUCAAUAAUUAAGUUUUUUAAAAACACCCAUUCCCAAAUAAAAAUACGCAGUGUAAAUAUAUAAUACUUAAUUUUUGUGUCACCAAAGUCGUCAAUGAAAACCUUAAACUCUAAUGGGCCUAGUACGGGACCUUGUGGAACCCCAAACCUCCAACCCUCAAUUUGUUUAGUUUUUCUUAGUUUUAAUGGCAAAUUUCUUCUGUUUUCGCUUUGUAGGCAUGGAGGACAACGACUGACUACUUAUCAGAGUGGACGGGUGUUUCCCCGUUGCCAGAUUUCCUAUCACCGGUCUCGCCAUACGCGACUACGAUUAUUUCGUGGCGAAAAUUCGCAGAUAUUGGUGCCAAUUUACAACGCGACACGGACACGAUCUCUAGCAAGUAAAGUUUUAAACUUUUGAACCGUUUUUAAACCAGUUUUCGCCUCCGGUUCCGGUAAUUGUUGAGCUUUAGUGACUUUUAUUUGAGCCAGUCAACAGUUGUUUUGUGAGUGAAAUAAAACAAGAUUUUAAAAUGUUAUUCAUCGUUAUUGUCGAAAUUGUUGGCUUAAUGAGUCUAGUCAGGUUUUGGUUGAAUUUAAUAUAAUAAUUACUUAAAUCAUGCUAUAAGAUAAAUAUAAAAACUAGGAUUAAGUUUCUAAGAGGAAUAAGCAUUGUUUUUUGUUUUUUCAAAGGAAACUCUUUCUCGAUAAAAUGUUUUAAAAAAAUGUUUAAGACAAACUUGUUUGUAAUUAGAAAAAGAAAGUUUGAAUACAAAAAUUACAAAGAAAAUUUCAACACCCUGUAGAUAAAAACACAAAUUUUACUAUACGUAAAUGUUAUUUUUUUGACAAUCAAAACAGGAAAUAAAAAAUAAAAAUGCCUCUUAUCUUUCCUGGACAAACUCAAUGCUGAAAAAAAUAAAAUAAUAUUCAACUUUAUAAUGUUUAUCGUAAUUUCUUUAAUUCAGAUUUCGUUUUUUAUUACGAACAAGUUUUUAA